CGACAGUGAUAGCCACAGGCCAUGGAGCCGGCUACGCACCCUGGAGGGAGCCGCCAACCCAAGCUCAUCAUGACACACACACAGAUGGCCGCAUCGCUGCUGCUGCAGAUGCUCCUCUACUACAGCGGACUGUUCUCGCUCAUGUGGGGCAUCAUCACCGCCUGCAUCAUGGCAUGGAAGUGGGACAACCUCGACGACGCGCCCGUGUUCCAGUACAUCACCAUGGUGGUGUUUGUCAUCUGGGCCGUGGUGGAGCCUCUGAGGAUCUGGUUUGGCUUUGUGGGCAAUCUCAAGGAAAAGGUGCCGCAGCUUGCGGCCCACUGCCUGCUCAACGUCUUUCCGCAGAUUCCGGUCCUCAUCUACCUGGCCGCCUUUCAGCCGUCGCUGCUGCCGUUUGAGCGUGUGGCCAACGUCAUCCAGCUCUUGCUGGUCAUUGUCUCGGCCGGCGUCGGCUUUGCCACCACCCGCAGCCUCGUCCGCAACCAGACGUCGCAGUUCUACCUCAACCAGUUUGAAGCCGACGGCGUCGACGGCGCAGAGCCCAUGAUUCCGCUCACGGCGUUUGGUACCCCGCCGCCGGCCUCCUCCGAGCCGCCUGCCCGCUCCGCCUCGGGCGCCGACCUUGUCCACUCCACAUCGGCCGCAUCAGUGACUUCUGCCGACACCGCUGCCGCCCGCGCCGCCGCCCGCUCUUCCGCUCGCUCCUCUGCCGUCCCGCUUGACACCCUCAACGCCCUCAACACCACUCCACCCGGCCUUCGCCGGCGCUAACUCUAGACCAUCGUCUACCCACGUCCUUGUAUUCUGCUGCCUGGUCCCCCGAUGAACCCUCCCUCGUACCAC